AUGCCGCUUUACUCGCAAUUCUCCGCAGUCCCUGGUGACGACACGCGCUCCAGCCACGAAAUGCUGCCCAUGCAAAACCACAACUCAAUUCGCCGCAACACCAUGAACUCACCAAACUCCUACAAACAAGAGAUCCCAAAUUCCUCAAAAUUCCGCGAAAAAUGGUCCCCCUUCCCCUACCGCACAUUCCUCACCAUCCUCCUCCUUCCCCUCGCCCUCCUCCCCAUCGUAACCCUCUCUUCCGCCGCCGAAAUCGCGUCUCAAUCCUACAUCCGGCACCUAUCCUGCUACCCCAACGGCCUGUGGAAAUUCUCACCCACCGCGACGUGGGAGAUUAUGGAUUCGUCAUACUUCUUCACGCCGAACUUGAGUUUCGGCAACAUGACGUUCACGCAAGUCAAAGUUAUUGACAUUGCAUGGGAUCUGGUAGUGGGCAGGGGAGGGCAGCUUGGGCUAGCGUGGGUGAAUUAUCGCGUGUUUAACGAGUGGUUGGUGGGGUGGAUGGAGGGGCAGGGCGUGGGGUGGAGGAUGUAUGCGGGCGUUGCGUUUGAGACGACGGGAUUGGGUGCGUUGGGGAUCUGGGGGAAGGAGAUGUUAGCUUCUGGGAAAGGGGUAGAGCGGAAGAGAUGGUGGAAGAGGUGGUUGGCGAUGGUAAGCAUGUUCCUGUCGACGUUUUAUGUGCUGAGUUUUCCGACGUUGAUGGCGGCUAUGACGGGGUAUAUUGCGACGAGCGAGCCGUAUUUGGAGGAUUUGGAAGGGAAUUUGAUUGCCUUUGAGAAGAUUGAUCCGGUUAUCUAUGUGGUGAACGAUGCGGCCAGAAUUGGGUAUGAAAAGCCGCUUGUGGUUGGGCUGAAGGAUGUGGAUAUGACCGAGGCGGUGGAAAGCUGUAAGUCAUUCCGAUACUUUGGUCGCACAUUCAAUGAGACUAAUCAAACCUCAGACAUAUCCGCCAUCACUUCCAACGAUUCCAUCCCAUCAGACUCCGACCCUCACAUCUACCCACAGUUCACCACUGCAACCAAAUGGUCCUUCAACACCACAUCGAUUUCCCUCGACAGCCCUACCCUCAACAUCACCGGGUAUCCGGCACUUCCCGUAGAAGAAAACGGCAUAUCACCUGCCUCGUCGUCUCUCUACUCCACUUCCGGCCGCCAAAGCUCUCCCUACAACGCCACCUAUUUGCUUGCCCACGGUUCUUGUAAGCCCGGCGAGAACUACCAAUGGGGCUUUUCUUACAUAUUCCUCUUCAUCAUGUCCAUCUUCAACUUCAUCUGGGCAUGCAUCAUGGUCGGUAUGUGGCUCGAGACACGACACAAUUCGCGCCUCUACCGACAUGGAAGACGACCGGGCCUGUUGAGGAGUAUUGUAGAGUUCGCUGCGGUAUUAAGAGAAGAAAUCGGGGAACAGGCGGGAGACAUGGAGGAUGAGGAGUUAAGGAAGCGAUUAAGGGAGAGCAGUGCGAAGCUUAGGGUACCGGAGGGCGAGAUGAGGGUGCGGAGGGUGGAUACUGGGGAUGAAGGGAUGCGGAAUAGGGGGUGGAAAAGAAGAUUGACGAGGGGGAGUACGUUCUGA